AUGGCUGGUGACAUUCCUUCCUACAAGAGUCUUCCGAUCCGAUCCGACGCCCCGACCGGUAGUGCCUGGGGUGUUUUCGACAAAGACGGAGUUCGUGAUGUUUAUGGUACCUUGAACUUCAUCACACGGAAAGCUGUGGUAGCUGCAAGAGAGGAAAUCCAGACCGGCGAAUCUGUGGUACUCAACCUUCCCCUAGACGAGCCAUCCGAUCCCUGUCCUGGGAGACGGCCCAUGAAACAUGAAGUAUACUCUCGUGUCCAUGGGAUGGUUUGUUCCGACGAUGAUCUCCAUUUGAACACCCAGUCAUCAAGUCAAUGGGAUGGACUACUGCAUUACGCGAACCAAAGCCUAGAAAAAUACUACAAUGGCGUCGAUUACGUCGACGCAAUCGAGUCUCGCACGGAUCAGAGUCUUGGAAUCCAAGCCCUCUCAGAACGAGGCGGUGUAGCGGCACGUGGUGUCCUCCUCGACUUUGUCCGAUAUGCAGGCAAACAUUCAAUUGACUACGACGUGUUCAGUAAUUUCCCUAUCUCACUGGAUCAUAUCAAGGAGAUGAUUACUGAUCAGGGAUUGCGAAUUUGCCCCGGAGACAUACUCAUAAUCCGUACUGGCCUGAGUAAGGGCAUUCGAGAAUCCGAUCCACGCGUAAAGGGCUUCUGGGACCGGGGCACACAUAUCGGGGUGGAUCCAACCCCUGAAUUGAUUGAAUGGAUUUGGGAUCAGAACCUCGCCGCUGUGGCAAGCGAUGCGGUAGCUUUUGAAUGCAUUCCAGCCUCAGACAAUUCUAGGAUGCGCCUGCACGAAGCCUGUCUAGCUGGGUUUGGUAUGCCUAUCGGUGAACUCUUUGAUCUUGAAGCCCUCGCUGCCCUCGCGGAAAAGAAUCAGCGAUGGUCCUUCUUCUUGACUGUGUGUCCGUUGAAUGUCCGCGGUGGUGUUGCAACAAUCGCGAACACUAUGGCGAUAUUCUGA